CAGAAGAGUUGCUUGCCACACCAGCAUUUCAAGUUCGAACGGUAAAAUCGCAUGGUCUCGUUGAGUUCUCCGAUCUCCAGUUAGAAAUAUUAUAUAAACUGUUGGUGAAAUCAUCUUGGACUUAUUUACCAAGCUCGUGGAUAUCUCGACACAUUCGACAAUCAUGCUGAAGCACGUCAUACUUCUCAGCAUCGCAAUGUUUUGCUUGGUGCAAUCGCAAAGACCAUGGCAUGCUGGUAGCAGUAACAGUCGUCUACCUCAGGUUCUGCCUCAGUACAUCGACGAGCGAAUAGCAGCGGAACAAGCGGCCCAAGCGGGCAUAGGGAAUCAAGGUCAAAUGGGCACCGUGAGUCAAGGUCAACCCGGCAUCGCGAUUCAAGGCCAACCGGGCAUCGGGAUUCAAGGCCAACCGGGCUUCGGGAUUCAAGGUCAACCGAGCUUCGCGAGUCAACCGGGCAUCGCGAUUCAAGGUCAACCGGGAACCGCGAGUCAAGGUCAAGCGGGCGCCGCGAGUCAAGGUCAAGCGGGACCAAUAAACCAAACCGGUCAAGGAACUCAGGCAGCUUUAGGGACGGAUUUACUUGGAAAUCGAAUCGGUGGUAGCACGAUUGCACCUGCAUCGGCUGCAGCUGCACCAGCUUUGAGUCCGAUAAUCCCGUCCGAUCUGCCCGUGGACGCUCACGGUGACAUCGAUCUGGUGAACAGAAUCAAGACCUGGCCAAGGGACAAGCAACCCUUCUGGUACAUCAACUGGCAGGCGAUUCAAGCUCAUCGGGGAGAUGGAAAUAACAGCGCCCAACCGGCCCAGAUGCAACCGAACCCGACGUCGUUUUUCGCGGGUUAAAAGAAUGCGAUCGACCGCGAAUUUGAAAAUUUUGAACACAUAUCAAGACUGUAAAAUUAAGUAUUCGUGCUUUUAGCGCUAGAGGAUAAGAGGGAACACGAUCGUCAAUAUUUAUGGCCGCUGGCGACAGCGGUUGUUCCUAGUCAAAACAUUCUCUGAGAAAGAGAUACGCGAAUCUGCGGUUUUUAAAAGAGUCAUUAUAUUCAUAUCAAUUCGGUUUCUCGAUAAUAAAGGCGUCAUCGGAUGUGGUUGAAACAAACAUAUCUUGAUUAUAAGUUCGUAUAA